CCACCAAACUACUUUCAUAUUUUUCUCCUCCUUUACCUUUCUCUUUCUCUCUCUUCUUACCUUUCCCUUCUCUCUCAUCCUUGAACUAGAGAGAGAAAGUUACUCAGAUCAGCCAACAGUGCAGCAUCCAUGGCCUCCUCCAAAGACCGGGACACCUUCGUCUACGUCGCUAAGCUGGCCGAGCAAGCCGAACGUUACGACGAAAUGGUUGAUGCGAUGAAGAAGGUAGCGAGGCUCGAUGUGGAAUUGACUGUCGAAGAGCGAAACUUGCUCUCCGUGGGGUACAAGAACGUGAUCGGUGCUCGGAGAGCGGCGUGGAGGAUCUUGUCGUCAAUUGAGCAGAAGGAGGAGUCGAAGGGGAACGAUGUGAAUGCGAAGCGGAUCAAGGAGUACAGGGGGAAAGUGGAGUCUGAGCUCUCGACCAUUUGUAGUGACAUUAUGACUGUGAUCGAUGAGCAUCUCAUUCCUUCCAGUUCUGCUGGAGAGUCCACUGUUUUCUACUAUAAAAUGAAAGGGGAUUAUUAUCGGUAUCUUGCAGAGUUCAAGGCUGGUAAUGAGAAGAAAGAGGUUGCCGAUCAGUCACUUAAGGCAUACGAGAUGGCUUCUACUACUGCAGAGACUGAUUUAUCUCCAACUCAUCCCAUCCGAUUGGGUUUGGCUUUAAAUUUCUCCGUGUUCUAUUAUGAGAUUAUGAACUCACCUGAAAGGGCCUGCCACCUUGCGAAGCAAGCAUUUGAUGAAGCCAUUUCUGAGCUGGAUACCCUGAGUGAGGAAUCUUACAAAGACAGUACAUUAAUUAUGCAGCUUUUGAGGGACAACCUCACUUUGUGGACUUCUGACAUCCCCGAGGAUGGAGAAGACAGGAUGGAAACCUCUGGCAAAGGUGGUGGAGGUGAAGAUGCUGAGUGAAGUUGCUUGGAAGCCCACGUCUGUUGAAAUGACUGGACUAGGGAAGGAUGACAUUGCCGUGUCAGUCGUCUUGUGUACUGUGUUUUAAGUUUCAAUAUGAUUCAGAAGCUCUCUCUAUUAUUGUUCACUGUUGUUGUUACUGAUGUAUAAUUGUAGAUGUCUAGACAAAGCAUCAGUGUUGUUUGUAUUCAUCAAGCUUUCUUUGCUCUGCUGUUUGUGGAUAACAUUGGUAGUGUUAAUGCUGUAUUAGGAAGUUUCAUAUUUUUCAUGUUUCUCUUCAGUUUAUUUCUAGUGGAAAUGCAAUAUCGUUCAGGUU